CCAGAACUCCUCCCCCUCCUCCUCAUUUUACAUCACAGAAAACCAGAAGACAGAACCAGACUGAGAGACGUGUUGGGGCAGAGGAAGACUCAGGCUCAGUGACGUCUCUUCAUCUGUCUGUGUGUUCUCUGCAGAGACAGAAACCCAAUGAGACAGAGACAGAUGAAGAGAGACAGACAGCAGAGAUCCUCCUCUCAGCUGUGAAAAGCUGCAGAGACACUCACACAGAGACGAGCUUUAGACUUCAGAAAAAGACGAGCGUGUGGAGACACGUGACGUCCACACUGGGUUCAGAUCAGGUGGAAACAGACAGUGAAGGACGUGUCAGUGAUCUGUCGACAUUUGUCUCAUAGUGUCCUUUAGGGCGUUCAGCGGCAAUGAAGUGACCCCGCGAGGACGACCUCACAGCUUCCAUUGGACGAAAGACGACAGCAGAGAUGUCGGUGAAGCUGCGAUUCGACUCUCCCUCAGAUGGAGGUUUGGUCCACAGGAGCCGCUCCUUCACCGGGUUCAGCUCCGUGACUGGACGACGGCGGCCAUCCUCUACCCCGAACUCUCUCCGCUCCAAAGCCAUGAUGGGAGGCAAAUCUCCCAGGAUGCACCUGUCUCCCAGCAGAGGGGGAGGAGCUAACUGGUCUCUGCAGCCGGAUCAGGUCGACAGGGUCUUCCUGGCGCUACGCAAAGGACUCAAGGAGCUCCUGGAGGGUCACCACGCAGAGAUGGACUUCCUGUCGUCACAGCAGAGGGAGACCAAGAGAAACUCCAGACUGGCUUUCCUCUAUGACCUGGAGAAGGAGAUAAGAGCGUUGGAGAGAUACAUACGAAGAUUAGAGUUUCAAAUCAGCAAGGUGGAGGAGCUCUACGAGACGUACUGCAUCCAGUGGAGGUUGUGUCAGGGAGCGGUCAACAUGAAGAGAGCCUUCUCACUGUCUCCGUCCACCAGAGCGUCCAGAGAGAGUCUGCUGGAGCUCAAUCGCAACCACAGACACAGCCUGCAGGACAUGACGGCGAUGGAAGGAGAGCUCGAAAUCCUCCUCGGGGAGCUGCACAUCAAAAUGAAAGGUCUGAUUGGCUUCGCACGGCUCUGCCCUGGAGACCAAUACGAGGUGGUGGUGCGGUUGGGCCGCCAGCGAUGGAGGAUCCGAGGCAGGAUCGAAUCGGACGACACACAGUCCUGGGAUCAAGAGGAGACGUUCUUCCUCCCACACAUACACCACAACUUUGAGAUCAAGGUGAUGGAGGCAAAGGGUCUCGGUUGGCUGCUCGUCGGCAUGGUGACGUGUGCGAGCGUAGACUUCUUUGUGGCGAAGCCGCAGCUGAUGCUGGUGGACAUCACGGAGCUGGGAACCAUCAAACUGCAGCUGGAAGUCACCUGGAAUCCGUUUGACAGCUCUGAGAAGAUGAGGCCGCUGUCUGUCAGCAGGCAGUCGGUGUCCAGCAGGAAGAGCUCAGUUUACAGCUGGACGGCGCCCAGCACCCCCUCCUUCACCGAGAAAUACUUCAUAUCGAUGGUGCGCGAGCUGCGGGAUCGAGAGGGUUCCCUCCCGUCUCUGGUGUCUAAACAUCAACACAACAGAGGAGGCGUGUCUCUGCUCAGCUACCUGUCCGACCACUCGCACACGGCCAUCACACCUGUGCACAGCGCUCAGAGCCCCUACACCCUCAGUCUCCAGCGGACCAACAGCUUUCCCUCCAACCCCAGUCGAGGCACGAGUCUGGGAGGGAGCCAGACCCAGCUGUCCCUCGGGGAGGACGGAUCCCUGGAGGUCUCUGCAGAGGGCGGGAGGAGGAGGAUUGAUGAAAAGGAUGGAGAGGAGGAGGAGGAGGAAGAGGAGGGGUGGGGAAGCGUGUUAGAUACUCAGUCUACACCUGCGGAGAGUAAAACAGGCUCCCUGCUGGCUCUACAGAUGUCCAGCACUCCUGACAUCCUCAGAAAGAACACAGCAGGAGAAGCAGAGCCUGAGACACACAGAGCAGCCCUGAGACCGGACGCUGUCAGCGUUCAGGACUCCCCGGAUCGUCAGUCAUAUUCUGCCCGCGGCUCGCCCUCACCCGCUGCUCAGCCCCCUGCUGUCACCCCAUCCUCGCCCACGGCUGCUGCUCCGGCCCAGGGGAGGCCCGGGGCGAGCGGCGCCCAGCGAAGGGCCCAGGCCCUCAAGCUGGGAGCCCUGAUCGCAGAGCUGGAGAAGACGUUACAGAACCAGAGCUGCUCUGAGAAGGAGCUGAGAUCCCUGGACCACCACAUACUGCACCUGGCUACCAUACUGAAGAACGACCUCUCUCUGCUGAGAAGCUCAUCAUCAGAGGAAACUCUGGCCGUGGAGGAAGUCCUCGGCAGCUUUGACUUCCUGUCACAUGACUUCAGCGCAGAUGAUGACACGUCCUGUUUGGGUAGCAUGAGAUUAAAAGACAGCGGCAUCAGUUCCUUCCAGCAGAGCACUCGAAGGAGUCUCGGCAUCUUCUCCCAGAACAGCCAAUCAGCUUCUGAGGAAGAGCUGGUCAUCACCCCUCUGACCUCUGGGAACUGGGGUCUUGACCAGGCUCUUGAGACUCACCUGGAUAUUUGUUGCAUCCUGCUACAGAUGGCGAGAACGACUGACUUCAGCCCAUCCAGGAGGGAACUGCUGGAGGAAAUGGCUCUCCAAGCCGAAGUGCUGGACAAAGUGAGCUGCCUGCUGCUGGAGAAGAACAACAUCUCUGCCAGCGACAUCCUGCCGAAGGCCCAGAGAACGAGGGAUGUGCUGCUGUUCUGGGAGGAGUGCGUGAGCGACAGCAGCUCUCCUUUCUGUUGCCAUGCCGACAGCUUCUCCAGGACGCUAAAGAAACGUUACACCCACAAAGUGAAGGCCAAGCAGCCCGGCCAGUCAGAAAAAGUGUUUUCUCAGCUCCUGCAGCAGCUCCAGACGCCCUGUCGGGUGGUGCCCAGCACUCGGCCGCUCUGCAGCCCAGAGAGGAUCACCCUCUUCCAGCUCUCAGUGUAUCUGAACCGCUGGAGCAUCCGGGAGCUGGGAGAGCACAUCUCACGCCUCUCCAGAGAAGAGUACAUCCUGUCAGCCCUGAGGAGCCCCAAAAGGAGGCGGGCUUUAAAUAAGCUGAGGGGGCGGUCCAUCACAGAGCUCCUCCCACUGGGCUGCACACUGCAGACUCUGGCCAUCCUGCAGAUCGACUCCAACCACAAAGUCUGUAAAGCUGCAUCCAACUGUCUCUGCAGAGCAGCAGGCUGCAAGGCCUUCAGGAGUAAGGCGGUUGUUUACUACACAGAGAGUUUGAAAAGCACUGAUGUUCAGAUCCAACAUGGCUCCUGUCUGGCUCUUAAAUGCCUCAGAGCAACAGAGAGUGUGGAUCACAUAGCAGAUUUAUGGAGGUCAGCAGAUGAAGAUCUUCGCAGUGCUGCUAGAGAGACCGUCCUCUCCUUUGGUAAAAAGGGCCACCUGGCCUUCCAGAGGAUGGAGCAGCUGUACGCUGAGAUGGAGGAGGAGACUUAUCAGAACCAGGAGACUGAGAUUACUUUUCUAUAAGAAACCUGUCAGGAUCUAAAACAGGCAGAGGGGGUUUGUUUAGGGCCCGACAUGAAGAGUCUCAGUGAUCCUGACCGUCAGGGAGAGAGACUGGAUCAACACAAAGCUCUUGUCUGAGCUGGAUUAAGCUUAUGAGGCACAAACUUUAUGAUUUUGUUUGAAGAAAUCUGUGGUGCCUUCAUCACAAAUACCAAAGAGACGAGUGCAGAAGAAGACUUAAAGAUGGUGACUCUAACUUUCUAUGGGUGGAUCACUAAAUCACUCACUGUCAUUUUGCUCUCGAGCUCCGAUUUGCUUCAUCCUGCGACCAGAGACUUUACUGACAUUGUGAAUUUAUUUUGGUCAAAUUUGUAACCCUAAACCUGCUAAGACUCCUUGUGCAGCUUUAAGAUUAUUUCUGCUUUUCCAUUGCUGGGAUUUACUUUCAUUAACAUGGUUGUUUUAUUGGAAAAUGAAAGAGAGAUGUGUUAUUAUUUCACAUAAUGUGAAAAGUGUGCGAUUAUGAGUAAAUCUAAAACGUCAGGUGAACAUUACACCCAAGGGACCAAAUAAAUCCCCAUUAACAGGCCCAAAGAGGAGUCUACAAAUCUACCUGCGGCAGGUUACCUUUUUUCUCUGAGUUGUCACAAAUGUCCUUUUCAUGAGCUUUUGAAUGUUUCAGAAAAUGACUGCUGAAAUGUUUCACAAACAGGACCUGUGACAUUCAGGGACACCAAAGGAUUACAGUACAAACAAGUCAGGCAGGCAGCCAAAACAGCAUUUAUGAGAUUUUAUCCUGCUCUCCUAAAUCUCCUGAUUCGCAGAUGAUGGUUAUCUGCUCCUGAACGCAUAGUGAGAUACGAAUGUGCAUGGAUUUGGCUUGAAGGAGGUGAUGAUCCUGAGGACCAGUCUUAUUACUGCCUGAUAAAGAACAGCAACACAUCAUGAGGGUGCAAAACACACUGACUACUGGUGAUGACUUACUGAAUUAACACAGGAUGUGUCAUGCAGUCAUGUUACUCACCAUUAAGAAUUUAUCAAGUCAUCAAUAUGUACAUGAUGUGAUGCCUUCUGGUGUGAGUUAUGGAGCUUUGGAGAUGUCUGCCUCCUCUAAUAGUGUUACUGAAUUUCCUUAAAUCCUCCUGUCCUUUGACCAGUUAUUCCACGUUUGUCUCACUGCUGAAAGGACUCAGCAGCUUGUAUCAUCAGUGAGACGCAGCAAGGUGCUGCCCUCUGCUGGCUGUUUAACUAAACUGAGGUUUGGGAAGGGUCCUGACCCGAGGAUGCUUUCACUUGCCACAGAGUUGAUUUGGCUGUGGUUAUACUGACCUGAGACCUCUCUGACUGGGAUAUUUAAGGAAUGUUUGGGAGGUCAAUACAGUGGCAUGAGAAGAAGUGAGGUUUUUCUUUAGCCUUGAUAGCUCAACACAGGUCAACUCCGCAUUGUGUUGAGGAAAGAUUUUAGUGUAUGAAAUGUGCCAGAGAUUUAUCAAAUUACAUCACUUUCCUCUCCCAGCAUUGUGAGAUAUAAAGCGUGGAAUCAAUAUUCUCAGCUCAUACCAAAGCUCUCAGGCUGGAAAGCACAUCUUGAACCAAUUGAACCCCACGAUUGAAAUCUCACUCUCAAGGGAUGCUAUAAUGUAGAACAGCAAGGCAAGACACCGUUCGUCCUGUUCUUCUUUAAGAUAACCAGAUGCAGAGUCAGAUUGUUUUAGCGCCCUCUGACCAGCUGGUUCAGACAAUAACUUAUGAGAGGCAUUUCAAAGUUAUGUUUGUGUACGUUUUUAAACUUAACAUAUUUACAAAUUUGUCUCAGAAUAAAUCUGAUUUGGUUCCAGAAGAAAUGAUGUAAAACCAGCUAUUUGUUUUUGUUCAGUAAUAUUUGCAAACUGAGCAGCUGAGAGACACUGAGGCUACACUGGUCCCGUUUUUCCAGCUGCUGUUUGCUGCAAAGCUGGAUGUAUGAGUCGGACUGGUUGCUGUCAGCACUGUUUCCAUGCAAAGAGAGACAAGAAAAGGCAGUAGGAAAGUAGAGCUGAGAGAGUUUUGAGAGAGAAGUGGAAAGGUAAGACAACAGGAGGGUAGAGGAAGGAUUCAAGGCAAACGUGUAGGGACACCACCUUAACAACAGUCACCUUAGCUGCUUUGUGAUGCUACACAGCAGUUCUUUGAGCUAAAUGCUAACAUUAGCAUGCUGACACGCACACACUGAUGUUAUUUUACGCACAUAUAUUGUUUACAAGGUUCACCGUGCUAACAUUUGCUAAUUAAGCUAAACUACAGCUGAUCCUGAUGGACACCGUUAGCUUUGCAUUUAGUCAAAAAGCAAAGUUUUGGACAUGUAAAUAUUCCCAUUUUUAUCUGAUGAUGAUGCUAAAUGAAAAAGUUUUUCUUUGUUUUUCUAAACCCGGGCUCUGUGUUCACAUGUUUUGUUAUGUAAAUGAUUCAAACUCACCUAUAGUGUUUUGAGUUGGUCCAGCAGAUCACCUCAGCUAGCACGCUGCAACGUAAGCCUUCGGGGCAACUCCGACCGUCAACGUAAUGUCCUCUAAAAGUGCUUUUUCUUCCUCUCACAGGCUGGGAUUGUUAGUCAGCGUGUCUGACAUUACAGAGAGGGUCCCUACAGAGAGACACCUGUUUUUGUUAGAGAGUAAAAUCCCUUUUGUUUAAUAAAAAAACACAAGUCUCGCUCAGGGAGAAAUCUCGCAGCUCUCUCGCGAGAGUUGCGUUACAGCUAAAUAUUCCGCCGUAACGUCGGAAAUGAAUUCUUGCCGUCAGUUAAACGGAGUUGAGAUUCGUCUUUUUAACUUUCGCACUUUGAGUCCAUAUACGAGACUUGUAAAUUAUCGUCAGUGGAUGUACAUCGCUUACAGAAAUGUGUUAGUGAGACGGAAGUGCACUCGAGAAAAAGGAAGCUUUUCAUUUAUGUGAACAUUAAAAGAACUC